AUGGCCGCAAAAUUAAAUUUGACCAGACAAAAAAUCGACAUUCGCCUUGGCGCUGUACAUUUAAUGUCAUCGAGGAUAGAAUAUAUGGCAAGCGCCACCGUGAAAUCGCGUAUUAAUAUUUUCUGUCUAGAUCUUGAUUUUCUGAUAGUAGACGAAAUAAACGCACGUUUGCCUUUAGAAUCAACUAACAGAGCGCAGUUAAAUAUUUCUUCCCAUCUUAAAUUAGCCGACCCCAAAUUUAAUAAACCAGGUAUCGUCGAUGCCAUUAUCGGUGCUGAAUAUUUUCUGCAACUUUUGGCCGUCGGACAAAGAAAAAUUCCUGGACAAACUGCUGUAAUACAAAACACAGCUUUUGGCUGGAUAAUAGCGGGUAAAAUCACUGUAUCACAAUUUUUUAAAUCGACCUCUUGCCAUCUAUUGACAAUGUCGCUAGCAAGUCAAAUAGACACAUUUUGGAAAAUAGAAAGUUGCCCUGAGGAAAAGAUUUUAUCGAACGAAGAAAGCGCAUGCAAAAUUCAUUAUAAAAAGAAUACAUGUUGGAAUCAAGAGAGCAAGAUAUAUAUUGUUAGACUUCCGUUCAAGGAAAAUGUAGACGAUGUAGACGAAUCAUAUGCGACCACAAAAAAGCGAUUCUCUGAACUCGAGAGAGCUUUAGCGAAAAAACCGAAUAUAAAAGCGAAAUAUAUCGAAAAUCUAAAGGCAUUCGAAGAGAUUCAUCACAUGACUGAGUUAAAAAACGUCUCUGUUCGCGAGGGCUAUUAUUUACCUCAUCAUGCAGUGAUUAAAGAGUCCAGUCUGACAACGCAACUUCGCGCAGUCUACGACGGUUCAGCCAAAACGACAACUGGCUUGAUACUCGUAUGGUAG